CACUGACACUGCACUGCUUAAUAAUUGCAUCUCGAAAUCUAAACUGUUCACUCGUAAAUCUAAGUACUUUUCAUUCAGCACACAUUUGCAAUGUGGACUAAAUUUAAACGAAGAAGAAUAUACGAUGGCGACGAAGCGCGACAUCUUUUCGAAGCUCUCUAUUUUACAGAAGAGGAAAAUGCUGCAACAAGUGAAGAGGCCACCAGUUUACGGGCCGGAGUACGGCUUAGCCUUAGGCGGGGACGACUCCCAGGCCAGCCUAGGAGUCGAGUUUUUGCGAUUUGACAUCAGCUACGGGUUUGAAGAUUGCAACAAGCAACGACGUUGUUCGAGCAGAUCCCGUUGGCGAAGAGAGAGAUCAACCCUCCCGAGGAAGAAAACGUCUGAUGGUUUAUUUUGUUGACAGAGAGACAGAGUCUGACUCCUCUCAUUGCUCUGAAGCUGUAUCACGUACCUGUAGAAGGAACUUCAGCAAAAAGCGAAAUGCAGCCUGUCUGGAAUUAGCGGCAAUACUGAGGAUGAAAUGCUGCAGAAGUUAUUGUCUUCAUAAGAUAUCAAGAAUAGAUGCAAGCAAGGCCCGCAGAAGAUUUCAGAACAAUACUCUAGCAGAUCAGAGGCUAUGGAUUUUGCAGUACCUUAUUGAACAUCACAACUUUGUAAACAUGGGUGGAGACUCAUCCUUGGGAUUACUAGGACCCGCUUAUGGAAGAUGGAGUCAGGAUUAGCAGAAGGAUUGGUGACAUCUCGUCCAUCAAAUCAACAUCAUAAAGGACUUUUUUGUCUGUGAUGACGUCAAUGGUGUGGCUUAGUGAAUUUGUCGAUAAGUUUGAAGAGAAACUGCCAACCAACAACAAAAUCCAUCUUCCAUCAUGCCUUACACGUGGAAAUGUGUAUUGGAUUAUGAAGGAGGAAGUAGAAGAGCAAGGAGGUUCUGUUUGUAGUCAGCAAUACUUCUUCCGCAAAUGGAGACAGGAAAUGUCUCAUGUUACCAUUCCAAAGGUGAACCGGUUUUCGAAAUGCGACAUAUGCACCAAACUGAAAUCUUGCCUAGAGAAGACAACUGGCAGAGAAGAGAGACAAACUUUACUGCAAGAAAGAGAGUCACACCUUUUCCAGCAAAAGUAAAGGUAGGAUUUUUAAUGAAGGGCCACGCACACGAGGACAUUGACUAGCUAUUCACCCGGGUUUCAACAUUCAUAACACGGCAAAACAUACCAACACUUUCAUCUCUGCUUCAUCAUAUCCCACUCUCUUAUCGAAAACCAAAUACCACAUCGGAAAGACUCAACGCAGUCUACAAUGUGAGAGACUGGCUCAAACCUUGCCUGAACAAGAUGUCACUGCACAGCUUUCCACAUCAAUUUAGAAUCACAAAACACAAUGGAAAAGCUGUGAACAUUACACACCAAGAAGUGGAGCAACAGCAGUGAAUGGCAGGCUACAACUGGAUGGGAUAACAUCAUCACACAUCACCCUCCAGGCCAACCAUCCAUUGUCCCUAAAGUACAUGAUGCUAUUACACUUACCAACCUCCAACGGGAUAUGCCAAAGUAUGCCCCCUACUUUAGUAUUGAAGAAAGACAGGAAUGGGAGAAUCUGCUAGCUAGCAUGGAGGAAGGUGGAAUAGAAGACUCUGGUAAAUGGCCACUGGUGGAUAUAUUGAUGGAUAAAGAGUCUCAGAAUACACCACAAAGACAUCUUGAUCCAACUUCGGAAUUCUCAAAUGAUGAACAGCAACCUAUUCAAGCGGUCCAUCUAAGGUACUAAGCAGAAAAGGCCUCAACAGCUAGUAUUAAAACUGGGAGAUAUGGUUGCAGUCUACUUAGAAGAGUUCAGUAAUGAGUGGCCGCGAGUGAGCAAAGUGUUGGAAAUGACUUGAGACAGUGUGAAGCUGCAUUGGUACUCAGGAUCAGAAACGUCCAUGUGGAUAUCACCUACCACAUCAGUUCAAGGACAGAAGGGUCAGCCGUACACAGGAGAAGUCUCUCUUCAAGAAGUCUCUCUUCAAGAAGUCAUUUCUUUCCCCUACAGUCUCACUAAAACAAACAAAUUACCAUAGGAUAUCCAGUGUCACUUGAAGGAAAAACGUGAAGAAUACUUUGCAUAUUAGGUCUGUAUGAACAUACACUGUAUUCAUACCAAUUUGGAAUGAGUUUGUUUGUCCAGGACUCAAAAGCUGUAUGUGUAUAUGGAAGCCACUUGAAUUAUGUAUUUUUGUGAUAUUACAAUGUACCUAUAUGUUUCCACAUUGGAUAUGGUGCCCGGGGGGGCCACUUACAUUGACGAGUGGAUACCAUGCGCGACCAAAAAAUAUGUAAAAAGGAUGUCUUAUUCAAGAUUGGGCACGUUACGUACGUAACAAGGGUGUCAAAAACACAAAAAUAAUGGAAAAAGGGUAUCUAUUUCGCUAGGAAAGUUACGUGUUUAGGGUCAAAUUUGGGGGCAUGAUGAAACAAAAUUAAAGUGUUUUAUAAAGGAUGUCCUCUUUGCCCCAACACUACGUGUUUAGAGUCCGAUUUGCGCGAGGUGUGGAAGGUGGGGCUGUGCACCAAAUGGUGUGUAAAGGUAAAACCGACGACCGACGGACCCGUGACAUAACAUAUCGCUGUACUUGUUUAGGGGUUCAUUUCAGGGAAUACUUGCCAAGAGUGUUAAUUUGUUACCAAUACUUGUUAAGGGUAGGGUUUCAGACGCCAAUACUUGUUAAGGGGUGCAUUUUCAGAAUAUGGAAAAUACUUGUUUAGGGUGCUUUUCGAGACCCCAUGGUCGUGCAUGGUAUCCACUCGUCAAUGGAAGUGGCCCCCCUGGGAUAUGGUGAUAAUUUCCAGGGUUUAUCUUCACAUAAUUUUGAUCACCUACAUGUAUCUACAUUUAGAAGAGAUAAAUGCACAAUGAUUGAUAGAGAGUUGGUACCUGAAGUAGGUAAUGAAUUGAGUUCCACUGCCAAUGGAAAGUUUACCCUCUCAGUGCUCAAGAGGUAAGCUCCUUACCAUGGAACUCAUUAUGCAACAUUUGCAUAUACUGAACAGGCACAAAUAACGAUUUUCUGUAAUGGCACAUGUCAGUUAUCUCUCAAACAAAAAUUUUAAGUCAAGACUAUGUGAGAAAGAAAUUAUACAUCAACUGGAACCAUCUGAAGACCUUUCAUUGAUUGCAUAGUGCAAUAUAGUUGAAUGAGUUUUAUUGUCUUGCCUGCCUAGCUGAGUGAGACAAUAGGGGUCACUUUUCCGACAGCGGCAGUGUCGUCAACAUUGAAAUCUUAACCAAGUGGUAAUUCCAUACGUCCGACCCCCUAUAUGUGGGACUUUCAUGAAAUUUUCUGUCUCUGAUUUCUGGUUCUCUUGACAGUCUGUAAUGUUCUAUAACGUCCAUGAUUCGGUCAGUUUAUGAAGUGAAGUAAGAAUUUAGAAAAAUGGGGGUCGGAUGUACAAAAAGGCUUAUCAUUUUAUGGAAUUUCCCCAAGGUUAAGUUUUUGUCUCGCCUGCAUAGCAGAGUGAGACUAUAGGCGCCGCUUUUUCGACGGCGGCGGCGUCGUCAACAUUGAAAUCUUAACCAAGGUUAAUUUUUGAAAUGUUGUCAUAACUUUGAAAGUAUAUGGACCUAGUUCAUAAAACUUGGACAUAAGGGUAAUAGUGUAUCACUAAAGAUCCUGCUUGAGUUUCAGGUCACAUGAUUAAGGUCAAAGGUCACUUAGGGUCAAACUAUGGCCAUGUUGGGGUUAUUUGAGGAAUUAUCAUCAUAACUUUAAAACUUUAUGGAUCUAGUUCAUGAAACUUGGACAUAAGAGCAACCAUGUAUCCCUGAAUAUCAUGUGUGAGUUUCAGGUCACAUGACUAAGGUCAAAGGUCACUUAGGGUCAACGAACUUUGGCCAUAUUGGGGGUAUAGGAGGAAUUGUCAUCAUCCUAAGGAUACGGGGGGGCUGAAUUGAUUCAGCCCCCCCUCAACAUUUUUCGCGAUAAAUCCGCCGCUCAAAAUUUUUUGACCGCGUCGUUCACCGACAUUUUACUUUUAAGUCUCGCGCAACUUUUGAGACCAAAAUUGUGACCCCCGGGUACGCGGUUCCGAAAUUACGCAACAUUUCGUAAGUGCAUGCAGACCCAAAAUUACUCAAAAACGUGAAUUUGUGUGCAAAUCCAAUGCAAAUAAUGUUUUUAGCCAAAAUUCAUAUAUUGUAUCAUUAUUUUUCCUUUUACUGCUUAAAAUCAAUUAAUUUUAUCUUGCUGAUGGUCAAAAUAAAGUCCCCGACAAUUUCCAUUGAAAAAAACAAUAAAAAACAAAAAGUAAAAAAACAAAGAAAUACAUAAGAAAUUUAGAAAACAAUAAAAUACAUAAGAAAAUAAAUGUGAUGUUGAAAUUUUUGAAAAAUAAAUUUGAUCAGAUGCCUAUCUUGAGUCUGUGAAACAAAAAUUAGAAUUUUAAGGGCAUUAUUUUAUUAAUUAGAGCAAACUCAUGAUUUUACGCAUAAAUUAACAUAAUUAAUGAGCAAUGAGAUUUUUCGCAAAAUUUGAUAUUAUAGUUUUGUAGAUAAUGCCAUGGGUAAGGGACGUGCCAAUUUUCGUCGUGAUCGCGCGAUCGACGGCCGAGAUCAUAAGGAGGGGCUGAAUCAGCCCCCCCCCCUGAGUCUUCUUAGGCGUCGAAAUAGCCCAGUCUAUUUAGGGUUAAAAGUCUAUGGAUCUAGUUCAUGGAACUUUGACAUAAGAGCAGCAAUGUAUCCCUGAAUACCCUGUCUGCGUUUUAGGAACAUGGCCAAGAUCAAAGGUCAUUUAAAGGUCAAUGAACUCUGGCCAUGUUGGGAGUAUGUGUUGAAUUGGCAUCAUAACUUAGGAAGUUUAUGGAUCUAGCUCAUGAAAUAUCGACAGAAGGGUAAUCAAAUAUGAAUGAUUGUUUUGCACAUGUCUUAGGUCACAUGAUCAUGGUCAAAUGUCAUUAUGGGUCAAUGGACAUAGUAUUUUAUUUUCGUAUAUACGUAUUAGUGUUUUCUUCUGUGAAUAAUUAUUCAUUAGCUGUUUUCAAAGGAAGCACUGCUGCUUUAUCGAAUUGCGUAAUGCAGGCGAGACUGCCAGAGGCGUUCCACUUGUUGAAAUGUCAUCAUAACUAACAAAGUGUAUAGACCCAGUUCAUGAAACUUAUGAGGGAAAUCAAGUAUUACCAGUCAGACUGCAGGUCCCAAGAAAGUGGCUUCUUUCAUCCAAGUGAUAUUCAUGACUUGAGAUGUUUUGCAUAUUUAAUGAGCUUGAUGCGGACCAAAACACCUCUUUUCAUUCGGUCAUUACUGCUCUAAUUGUGCAUCAAAUUUCAUGAAUUUGGUACCAUUGUAAAGAAGAAGAAUCAUUCUUUCAGGUCAUGUGUUUGAAUUAUUCAAAGAUUUUGUAAUAUAGGUUAAAAUUUUGAUCUAAAAUAUGCUACAAAAUAAAUAUUUUCACCUGACAAAAGCUGCUAUUUUCACACUUUAUUUUUGUUUGAGCCCAAAUGAUUUUUAUAUCAUGAUAAAGCUGAAUAUGUAUGCUUUGAAAUGAUAUAGGUUUCAAAAUAAGAAUUGGUUUAAUCGGGUCAAGAUCACACUUUUCAUUUGCCAAGUACAUAACACAGUUUGAAAACAAGAAUACUGCACUCUGAUUGGUCAAAGAGACCACACAAUGGCAAAUUCCAACGGUCCCAGUGCCUGGGUUCGUGGGAAGAUCACACUUCCCAUGUGGUAAUCUCCUCAAAUACCCCGCGCCUGUUGUUCUGUGAACCUUAUCCAGCCAAUCAGAACUCUGGAUUUCUUGCAAGUACAAAAUUUCAGAAAUCUCGUCUUGUACCUUGGUGGGGAAAGUGUGAUCUUGACCCGAUUAAAAGGUGCCGCAUAUCAAGAGUGGCAUUGUGAGAAAGUACAGAAGUUAAGCUUUAUGGUGAUAUAGAUAUCAUUGAGGCUCAAAAUAAAAAGUUUUGCACAAUUUACAAAAGAAAACAGAGGAAGAAAAUUCAGUUUUGAGGCACAUUUUGAGGCCAGAAAUUUACUUAUUUAACAAAAUAUUGUAUACAAAAUAAAUGACCAAUAUGAAAGAGUAACUUUUACUCUACCUGAUGGUGCAAUAAUAUUCCAUUUAACUUGAGGUUAAAACAGGUAAAUUCUUAGAGAAAGAAAAUCUCACGAAUCACGAGAUUUUGCAAGGAGGAGGAUUCAGCCACGAGAUGAUUUGGAUGAAUCUGGCCUUUUUGCUCAUUAGCAUAGGGACCUGCGGUCUGACUGUUACUGAGCAUCCUGCCUGAGUUUCAGGUCACAUGACCAGGGUCAAAGGUCAUUUAGGGUCAAUGAACUUAGACCAUGUUGGGGGAAUGAAUAUCGAAAUCUUAACCUCGAGUAUAUAUAUUUGUUUAUUUCUUCUGUUUUUCAUUGUUGUUGAUGUAGUUGAUGUAAUGGUGUAGCUUUGAAAUUAAGAUAAAUUUAUCCUCGUGUAGCCUUGAAAUUAAGAUAAAUUUAUCCUCGUGUAGCUUUGAAAUUAGGAUAAAUUUAUCCUCAUGUAGCCUUGAAAUUAGGAUAAAUUUAUCCUCUUGUAGCCUUGAAAUGAGGAUAAAUUUAUCCUCGUGUAGCUUUGAAAUUAGGAUAAAUUUAUCCUCAUGAAGCCUUGAAAUUAAGACAAAUUUAUCAUCGUGUAGCCUUUAAAUUAAGAUGAAUUUAUCCUCGUGUAGCCUUGAAAUUAGGAUAAAUUUAUCCUCAUGUAGCCUUGAAGUUAGGAUAAAUUUAUCCUCAUGUAGUCUUGAAAUUAAGAUAAAUUUAUCCUCGUGUAGCCUUGAAAUUAGGAUAAAUUUAUCCUCAUGAAGCCUUGAAAUUAAGAUAAAUUUAUCCUCGUGUAGCCAUGAAAUUAAGAUAAAUUUAUCCUCAUGUAGCUUUGAAACUAGGAUAAAUUUAUCCUCAUGUAGCCUUGAAAUUAGGAUAAAUUUAUCCUCUUGAAGCCUUGAAAUUAGGAUAAAUUUAUCCUCGUGUAGCUUCGAAAUUAAGAUAAAUUUAUCCUCAUGUAGCCUUGAAAUAAGGAUAAAUUUAUCCUCAUGUAGCCUUGAAAUUAGGAUAAAUUUAUCCUCAUGUAGUCUUAAAAUUAAGAUAAAUUUUUCCUCGUGUAGCCUUGAAAUUAGGAUAAAUUUAACCUCGUGUAGUCAAUCCUGACUGGUUGCCAACCAAGGAAAGAAGAAGAAGAAGAAGAAGAAGUAGCUUUGAAAUUAAGAUAAAUUUAUCCUCAUGUAGCCUUGAAAUUAAGAUAAAUUUAUCCUCGUGUAGCCAUGAAAUUAGGAUAAAUUUAUCCUCGUGUAGCUUUGAAAUUAAGAUAAAUUUAUCCUCGUGUAGCCUUGAAAUUAAGAUAAAUUUAUCCUCGUGUAGCUUUGAAAUUAGGAUAAAUUUAUCCUCAUGUAGCCUUGAAAUUAGGAUAAAUUUAUCCUCUUGUAGCCUUGAAAUGAGGAUAAAUUUAUCCUCGUGUAGCUUUGAAAUUAAGAUAAAUUUAUCCUCAUGUAGCUUUGAAAUUAAGAUAAAUUUAUCCUCAUGUAGCCUUGAAAUUAGGAUAAAUUUAUCCUCAUGUAGCAUUGAAAUUAGGAUAAAUUUAUCCUCAUGUAGUCUUGAAAUUAGGAUAAAUUUAUCCUCGUGUAGCCUUGAAAUUAGGAUAAAUUUAUCCUCGUGCAGCUUUGAAAUUAAGAUAAAUUUAUCCUCAUGUAGCCUUUAAAAUUAAGAUAAAUUUAUCCUCGUGUAGCCAUGAAAUUAGGAUAAAUUUAUCCUCGUGUAGCUUUGAAAAUAAGAUAAAUUUAUCCUCGUGUAGCCUUGAAAUUAAGAUAAAUUUAUCCUCGUGUAGCCAUGAAAUUAGGAUAAAUUUAUCCUCAUGUAGCCUUGAAGUAAGGAUAAAUUUAUCCUCAUGUAGUCUUGAAAUUAAGAUAAAUUUAUCCUCGUGUAGCUUUGAAAUUAGGAUAAAUUUAUCCUCAUGUAGCCUUGAAAUUAGGAUAAAUUUAUCCUCGUGUAGCUUUGAAAUUAGGAUAAAUUUAUCCUCGUGUAGCCUUGAAAUUAGGAUAAAUUUAUCCUCAUGAAGCCUUGAAAUUAAGAUAAAUUUAUCCUCGUGUAGCCAUGAAAUUAGGAUAAAUUUAUCCUCAUGUAGCUUUGAAAUUAAGAUAAAUUUAUCCUCGUGUAGCCAUGAAAUUAAGAUAAAUUUAUCCUCAUGUAGCUUUGAAACUAGGAUAAAUUUAUCCUCAUGUAGCCUUGAAAUUAGGAUAAAUUUAUCCUCUUGUAGCCUUGAAAUUAGGAUAAAUUUAUCCUCAUGUAGCUUUGAAAUUAGGAUAAAUUUAUCCUCGUGUAGCUUUGAAAUUAAGAUAAAUUUAUCCUCAUGUAGCUUUGAAAUUAAGAUAAAUUUAUCCUCAUGUAGCCUUGAAAUUAGGAUAAAUUUAUCCUCAUGUAGCCUUGAAGUUUUGAUAAAUUUACCCUCAUGUAGUCCUGAAAUUAGGAUAAAUUUAUCCUCGUGUAGCCUUGAAAUUAGGAUAAUUUUAUCCUCGUGCAGCUUUGAAAUUAAGAUAAAUUUAUCCUCAUGUAGCCUUGAAAUUAAGAUAAAUUUAUCCUCGUGUAGCCAUAAAAUUAGGAUAAAUUUAUCGUCGUGUAGCUUUGAAAAUAAGAUAAAUUUAUCCUUGUGUAGCCUUGAAAUUAAGAUAAAUUUAUCCUCGUGUAGCUUUGAAAUUAGGAUAAAUUUAUCCUCAUGUAGCCUUGCAGUUAGGAUAAAUUUAUCUUCAUGUAGUCUUGAAAUUAAGAUAAAUUUAUCCCGUGUAGCUUUCAAAUUAUGAUAAAUUUAUCCUCGUGUAGCUUUGAAAUUAAGAUAAAUUUAUCCUCAUGUAGCUUUGAAAUUAAGAUAAAUUUAUCCUCAUGUAGCCUUGAAAUUAAGAUGAAUUUAUCCUCAUGUAGCCUUGAAGUUAGGAUAAAUUUAUCCUCAUGUAGACUGAAAUUAAGAUAAAUUUAUCCUCGUGUAGCCUUGAAAUUAGGAUAAAUUUAUCCUCGUGUAGCCUUGAAAUUAGGAUAAAUUUAUCCUCAUGUAGCCUUGAAAUUAAGAUAAAUUUAUCCUUGUGUAACUUUGAAAUUAAGAUAAAUUUAUCCUCGCGUAGCCUUGAAAUUAGGAUAAAUUUAUCCUCGUGAAGCUUUGGAAUUAAGAUAAAUUUAUCCUCAUGUAGCUUUGAAACGAAGAUAAAUUUAUCCUCAUGUAGCUUUGAAAUUCGGAUAAAUUUAUCCUCGUGUAUUCUUGAAAUUAGGAUGAAUUUAUCCUUAUGAAGCCUUGAAAUUAAGAUAAAUUUAUCCUCGUGUAUCCUUGAAAUUAAGAUAAAUUUAUCCUCGUGUAGCCUUGAAAUUAGGAUAAAUUUAUCCUCGUGAAGCUUUGAAAUUAAGAUAAAUUUAUCCUCAUGUAGCUCUGAAAUUAAGAUAAAUUUAUCCUCAUUUAGCCUUGAAAUUAGGAUAAAUUUAUCCUCGUGUAGCUUUGAAAUUAAGAUAAAUUUAUCCUCGUGUAUUCUUGAAAUUAGGAUGAAUUUAUCCUCAUGAAGCCUUGAAAUUAAGAUAAAUUUAUCCUCGUGUAUCCUUGAAAUUAAGAUUAAUUUAUCCUCAUGUAGCCUUGAAAUUAGGAUAAAUUUAUCCUCGUGAAGCUUUGAAAUUAAGAUAAAUUUAUCCUCUUGAAGCCUUGAAAUUAGGAUAAAUUUAUCCUUGCGUAGCCUUGAAAUUAGGAUAAAUUUAUCCUCAUGUAGCCUUGAAAUUAAGAUAAAUUUAUCCUCCUGUAGUAUUAGCAGGAUGAACUAAUCCUUAUAAUUGUAAUAGAUUUGUAUGAUAUAUUUAUUUGAUCUGUUAUUCCCAUUAAAUGGUUGUAUUAAUUGAAAUGCUGUUCCCAUUUGUUUCUUUUAUUGUUAGAGACUUGCAAACAUACAUUGAAUUGCCAAUAGUCAUUAAAUAGAGUGAUUGGAGAGAAUGUGUAGAAGAGAGAACAAGUGAUACAAGUGGAUGUUAAGUGCAAAAAUGUGAAAUAAAUAUUAUGGAAUGAAUAUGAUGAACAUUUGAAGAAAAAUGAACAAAGAUUCAUUCAUUUUGAAAAGAUUUACUGUUUGUGGUGUAAAGUUCAAUUUGCGCCAAAACCCAGAUGCCAAUUAAUGGUGUCAUAGUCAUAUACAUGAGUUAGUAAUUCAAGUAUAUUGCAAAUCCCAUUUAAAUGAUUUUUUUUAAAGGAUGUGUUAUUGUAUUCUCUCAAAUCAAAAUACACAUUCACAUUCCAUAAGCAAGUUGUACAAACUAUUUGAAACAUGAUUAUAAAUUAUACAAUAAAUCCAUAACAAGUAUAAUUAUACAAAUUAUACAUCAAACUUCAAAGAUACUGGAAAUUAAUACUAAUGCGUUUCAGCAAUUACAAAAUGAAAUAUCAACAAGAUGUAUGAAAUGAUAAGAGAGAAAAAAAUAAAAAUAAAAAGUGAUGUUCUACCUCCCAACAAGUGGUGAUUUGUUUAAGCAAUGCUGUGCAACAUUUUAAACUGAAACUCUCUUAAUCUACUGUUCAGAGUACAUUGUCUUGGUCUCAUAAAAAUGUGUUCAAUCUGUUAAUAAGAAAAACUAUAUUUGUUUUUUAACCAUUCGAAAACAUCAGGUAUUGCGAAGGAUACAUUUCAUAAAAUUUGCAUAAACGUUUUUAGAUACUAACUCCUCUAUUGGCAAAAUUCUUUUUCCAGAAAUUGACUUGAGAAUCGAUACUAAAUUAGUGUUUAUUAAACACUUCUAUAAAUGCUAGUUAAUAAAUAGGUGUAUUAUAACGGAUUUUAAUGCACCUAUUGCAGGAUUAUUACAUUGACAUCUGGAUUCCUAUUGCAUUCAUGUGUUACCUUGGCGCAAAUCAAAAUUUACAUCACUGCUAAGAGUACCUACUGAUUAUCCAAGCAUGAAGACAUACCAAGGAGAUAGUAAGAGGUGAUAUCUCCUUGGACAUAAUAUUAUGUAUAAAAUUAUUUGGGAGAAAUAAUUACAAUACUAGUCUUUCCGGCCAUGUAAUGAUUAUGUGAUCAUGCCAUAUUUUUUUUUCUUAGUUAGAUUGGGGAUUUGUGAGGUGUCAAGAUUUAUUUUACUGACACGUGAAUCUGCUCGUCAGGCGGUGUGUUACCCUCCCCCCCCCCCCCCCCCCCCCCGCUUGAUGGUGUGGCGCUCAUAAGUAUGCUCGCAUAGUGUAUGACAGAAUCAUAGGCCCGUAUUCUGAAGUCACGGUCUAACUCUGUACUAAAAUUAUGGGGAGCCAACAAUUCAAAAAUUAUGUUUCUAAUGUAUAUUUUUUAUGUUUACUAUUUUGCUUUCAUAAUGGAGAAAAAUACUUUAAAAUACUUCAUUUAUCAUUCCCAGACAAUUAUAAACAAUUUGGGUGUCAUAUGAGUCAAUAAAUUGGAUGUGUACUGUUAGGGAUUUGUGCCCCAAUUAGCUCCAUAUAGUUAAACCACAACUUUAAACCAGGUUUUAAUUCAAAACCGAGUUCAGCUAGAGUACGGGCCAUAGUCUUCAAGAAUUUCUAUUGAAAUAUAUGGCUCUGUACAUGUGUAGUUCUAUGUACCGGAAUAAAAAAAAAAUAUGACUUAUAUUUCUACAUAAUAUGUUUUAUAGAAUUGCCAUUGACGUCACAUGAUUGAUUUAUAACACUUUCUCUGUACGUCUUCGGUGCCUAUAUAAUUAGUACGCUGCCUAUAUAUCCCCUAUCUGCCUAUGAUGCUUUAUAUUCACGAUUACAUUCCAAUUCAAACAUCUUAAUUCAUCGACAUGACGAGUAUAUCCUGCGUGAGAUGAAUUAUAUCCCGAAGGCCGAAUGGCGUAUAUACACUUCGUAAUAUAUUGCGAAAUUCACGUGAAAAUACAACCUAGUACGUAGUAGUAUAUGCGUGUCAUGCAGUGAUGUUUAUGUUCUAGUAAAUCGAUAUCACGUCGCAAAUCUACAAAAAAUACAGUGACUUUCUCCUAAAUAUAUUGUGAACACUUGACAUUAUGACUUACCUGUUAAUUGCUGACGAUUCAACGGCUUGCGAAGGUCUGAUAUUGCAGUUCUAUACAAUGUCAUGAAUGUGAAACCACGGAGGUAAACCGGGAUGAAACACCACUGAUCAUAUAUCCUUUUUUUUUUUACCGCAGACCGUGAAAGUAUAAUU